UUGGCGUACCCUAUAGGACUAAUUAAGAUGUCAGGUGAGCAGUCCUUCUUUGAACUGGAGUUCUGCUCGUCAGUUUGACCAUUUAGCAUAGGCUACUCUGUGUUACCGUUGCUCUGAGCAAUAGCAUGACAUGGUUUCCGCUGCAUAAGUGAUUUCAUUGAAGGAUACUGAAAUAGCCGUAUAGGCUGCUACGCUACGCUACUUGAAAUUAGUCCGCCGCAUGCGCUGCACGUGCACGGCGCCUUGACAACCAGUCCGAACGCCUGGUGCUCGGAACCAGUUGCCCCCGGACACGGCCCAACCUCCGAGCACAUUUCUCACUUAUUCCAAGGCUCAGGAAUUUCACGGAGAACCCUUACUCAGCCGCUGCCCUCCAGACAGCACGGCACGGCUUCAGCUCUCAGACGCAACUUCGCCUGGCUCUGGAUUUCAUUUUACCGCUGCUCACCUGCUGACUCACACCACCGCUCUCUCACAAUACCGAACAGCCUUCCGGCCCUGAAGAACACCGUGCAGGAUGAAAACCGAUGCUCCAGUGGAUCGAUGGUUGUUGGUGGGGGUCAUAUUCUUCAUCCUGGGCCUGGGAACUCUCCUACCAUGGAACUUCUUCAUGACCGCCAUAACGUACUUCCAGUCUCGGCUCAACACCACAGAGUGGUCCAACGGCACCGCACUCCCGCACACAGAGUACCACUUCGGGAACUGGCUGACUCUGCUGUCCCAGCUGCCCCUGCUUCUCUUCACCCUGCUCAACUCCAUCCUCUACCAGCAGAUCUCGGAGAAGGUGAGGAUAGGUGGCAGCCUGAUCUUCAUCCUCCUCCUCUUCAUGCUCAACGCGUUGCUGGUCAGGGUGCCCAUGGGAAACGACUGCUUUUUCUCCGUCACCAUGGCAACCAUCUGGUUCAUCAACUCGUUCGGGGCGGUCAUGCAGGGCAGUCUGUUCGGGCUGGUGGGGCAGUUCCCCCAGAAGUACAGCGUCUUUUUCAUGAGCGGCCAGGGGGUGGCGGGAACCUUCGCUACCAUCGCGAUGCUGAUAGCCAUCUCCAGUGGGACGGAUCCAGACACUGCUGCUCUGGGGUACUUCAUUACCCCGUGUGGGGGAACUGUGGUCACCCUGUCAUGUUACCUACUGCUGCCACAACUGCCGUUCGCACGCUAUUAUUUUAACAAAGGCAAAGGAAUUGACUUGGACAGCAGCACUCCCUCGCUUCACGAAGAGAGUCCAUUGUUGAAGAGCGGUGGGCUGAACGGCUACAGUGGCUUCUCCUCGGGAAACCGGCUGGGCCCAGCGCAGCCCGACAGCGGCAAGCAGGCCCUGCUCCCACUGGAGAGGGCCGAGAGAGGGCCCAGGGUCCCGGCCAAAAAGUCCUCCGUCAUGCACGUCUUCAAGAAGAUUUGGGUGAUGGCAUUCUGCAUAACGUUCAUGUUCAUUGUGACUCUGUCAGUCUUCCCCGCAAUCACCGUGGACGUGAAGUCGAAGUUCAGCGGGAAGUGGGAGACGUACUUUGUCCCAGUGUGCUGUUUCCUGAACUUCAACCUGAUGGACUGGCUCAGCAGAACAGCCACUUCGGUCGUUCAGUGGCCGGCGAAGGACAGUGUGCUGUUCCCGAUUCUGGUGGUGAGCCGCGUGGUCUUCAUCCCGCUGAUCAUGUUGUGUAACGUGCAGUACCGCUCCUACCUGCCCGUCGUCUUCCCCCACGACGCUGCGUUCGUCGUCAUCAUGUUGCUCUUCUCCUUCUCCAGCGGAUACUUCGUCUGUCUGUCCAUGUCCUACGCGCCCAUGCUGGUGGAGCCCAAAGACGCAGAGACGGCCGGUGCCCUCAUGACCUUCUUCCUGGCGCUGGGGCUGUCCCUGGGAGCCAGUCUGUCCUUCCUCCUGAGGGCCCUGGUAUAACAACAUCCUCUACCAAGGGAGGGAACUGUCUGACUGCCGUCCAAAAUCCACAGGCCUUUUCUGUUACUUUCCAUCCCUUUUUAUCUUCAAGAAUGCCAUCAACGGAGAUGCUGCUGACUUCCUGUUUCUAGACCCAACAGAGAGUUUGUACUCAUGAACUGCAUUACCCUACGGGGGAGCAGCCAUGUGGAACAGUUGUAUCAGUGACGGGUUGCACAGGGACAUAUAGGUCUGUCGCACAGCUGCCAGGUCACCAUGGAAACCGUAUUUAUUUGUCACAUGUUCUGAGCCAAGAAUUUCUGCCUGUACUGUACUGUUGCCACAUGGUGUCGUUUUUAUUGUCAUAAUUCCACCCUUCACACUUUGAAUGCUGCCGUUACCUUGGUUGAAUCCGUUUGACGCACAGUUCUGGUUAUUUUGUUCAUUUUAUAUCUGUGUUAACCGCAGAAUGCAGAUAGAAUCGUUUACAGAAUACCACGUGGGGGGGGGGAAUUAGCUUGCGUCUUUGUUAGACUCCUUUAUCAUGAAUGAACGCUUAAUGCGAACUUGAGAAUGCAGUGCGUCGAAAUCGGGAGGUAUUUCGAGGAAGCGCAUUCCGGUUGAGUUCUCCUGGGGUUCCUGGAGUUCUGUCCGUGUUCCUGGUCACACGUCGGUCUCGGUGGUUAUCGGUGCGUUGGAUAUCAGUGACGGGGAACUCAUUAGCAUAAUCGCCACCUCACACCAUGCCUUUUCCACACUGGCGAUACUGUGAUAAGCUCGUUAUCCACUUAUCGCAUGCCUUCACGUUUAUCUUCUCGCCCUAAACUAAUCUCGGAGGACUUGCGCUUUGAGAGGUACUGCUUGGUAUAGGUCGUAGUGUCAUGUCAUAUAAGUCAGCCGUUUCUGUAGAUCCACUGAUAUGCAGCCAAUACCACCUGUGACUUCAGCUUUCUCGCUCGAGAGGUGGAAAAUCCAGAUUUAGAAAAUCCUCCCCCACUAUUUCCAGUUUGCUAAUUAGCACAAUUCUAUUACCCAGGGUGUAGAGAUAUUGUUCCAUUUUUCUAGAAUUGGUGAAAUCAGCUGGCUGAGUUCAUGGGUGGAAGAAACGCAUGGCAGGACUUGCUUACCCCCACCCCCAAAACACAUUUUAGUAUGUGGUCAGUUGAUUGCUUUGCCUGUCUAGAACAGAAAUUUAAUUCAGGAUUUGUCAGUGAUGUAGAUCAGGGGUGUCAAACUCCAGUCCAGGAGGGCCGCAGUGUCUGCAAGUAUUUGUAGUUUCUUUUAAUCACUAGCCAGUUAUGGCCUGGGCAACAAUGUGUGUGGAUUAUUUAGCCAAUCAAUGUGUUAUAGUAAUAGUAAUGACAAGAACCAGCAGAUACUGUGACCCUGCAGGACUGGAGUUUGGCACUCAUGACAUGGAUUUUACAUGCAGUAAAUGUGAGACGGUUGAGAAGUUUAAGAAUAUGCUGCUUUCUCUUUUAGAAAUUAUUAUAACUAAUGUAACAGACUUUAUACAAUUACGCUUGAAAGCACAAGGUCUAUGUUCGAAUGAUGAUUGGAGCACUACUGUGGUGUUAAUGGAAACUAGGCUGAAGGUAUGUCCACACAAAGAACUGUAGCCAUGACGAUGGAGAUAACAAACAAAUGGCUCAGUUUUCCCCACAAUAUUGUUCAUCACUGUCGUUAUAGUUGUGGUGCGGAGUCCAGAGUUGGAACUACUUUUAGAAUGACAUAUUUAUAGUUAUCUUUCUUGGUAUGUACAGGCCUUAAUACACCUUGAUAAGGGUGUCAGCAAACCAAUGCAGUGUACAGUAAUGCCAGAAACCUUGUUCUGUGUACUUUUUAGAGGCGCUAGAUAAAACGGGUACUGUAAAUGGGAAAACGUUGUAUUUUCUGGAGAUUAAAGUGAUAGGAAUUGGCUUUAGGUUUAACCUUUAACCUUAACCAAUUAAGACCAGAACAAGUGUGUGUGUUUGUGUGUGAGACCGAUACAGAAAGCCAGUGUUUGAGUAUUGGGAGUACUGUCAGAAUUAAAUGGUGUGGUGUAUUAAUAGUUUAUUACAUGGCACAAAUCCAGGACUUACAAUCUUCAGUCAUCUAACGCGUGAUUUUUGAACAUCUUCUUAUCCACCCCAGUUGUAUUGGAAUUUGUGAUGUGACAUGGGUAUGGGAUUUUUUUUGUGCCACUGGUACAUAUUUAACAUUGUGCAGAAUUUCUUCUAUAAAUUUUGGUAAACGAUGGUCAACAGCAUUACUUGUGAAUUUUUUUUUUUUUUGGGGGGAGAAAGGAAGCUUGUUUACUGUUUGAUCUACAUUACCUAUGAGUUCAAAGUUUCUGUUCUAGCACAACAGCAGUAAUGUUGUGCGAGUAUAAACAGUAAAUAUCUUCCUUCCUUUCUGUUCUUGUCUUCUUGGAUUACUUUGUUACCAAACAGAUCACUGCACUACCUUUUGAGGGUAGCCAUUAGGUUGUGUGUGUAAAAUUAAAAAUCAUUCAAAGUUUA